GCGUGCGCCGAUUUCCAAGUGGGAUCGCCUCGACUGCCGACUAUAGCUAUUUGCCGGUCCGGUCUUUAUCAAAUCAUCAGCUGGCCCGGGUUAAGUGGCGUUCGAAAACAUAAACACCAAGUUGAGCGAAAUUCGGUGGAUUGAUUGUCCGAAAGCAGAGCCGCUCUCGUUUUGAGCUCAGUUGUGGACGGGCCUUUGAACGGAUCGCAUUGUUUCUGCGUUAGUGCAAAAAUGAAGACCUUCUGGAUUUGCUUUCUUUUUGCAGCGGUCGUAAUCUGUGCAGGUGAACCAGAAAACCAACUGCCCUGCGAUUUGCGAGAAACGAUUCAUGGGAGCGUGUGCGUUUGCAACAGCACCUACUGCGAUUACCUCGAACAACCCGAGCUCACUGAUAGCUCGCAGAUUGUGCUGAUUAGCUCCAGCAAGGAUGGUUUACGCUUCAAGAAGACAACGGGGAAUCUUUCGGAUGGUACACCUAUAACAGUAGAUGAUAAACAAUUUACUGAUGAGAACUUCAAUGCAGAGGCGAUUGUGGUGGAUCAGUACAAAGCCUGGUUGCAGUUGGCAAACAUUCCCCAACGCCUGUUUAUCAAUGCCAGCACUAGCACAGUUCGGAUUUCCGUGAAACGAGAUGUGCAAUUUCAGAAUGUCACCAUUUUUGGAGGAGCGUUAACAGGAUCAGUCUCCCAUUUGCUCAAUCUAUUGCCAGAAGAGCUACAGGAUCACGUUUACAAAUCGUAUUACCAUCAAGAUGGGAUUGCGUACUCCACCGUUCGGAUGUCUAUUGGUGGUUGUGACUUCGAUUUGGAGCCUUGGGCCUAUAAUGAGUGGCCUCGAAACGAUCUAAAAUUAAGUAACUUCACAGAACUAGAUCCAAGGGAUCUGCUGAAAAUCGAGCAGCUGAAUCGUCUAAAGGCAGUGGGUGAACUGGAUGAACUGAAGAUCAUGGCCGCCGCCUGGAGUGCCCCGCGCUGGAUGAAGACCAACGAUAACUGGACAGGAUUCGGGCAGCUGAAAUCGGAGUACUACCAAAUCUGGGCUCUGUACCACCUCAAAUUUCUCGAACUCAUGCGGGCUAAAAAUAUGCCGAUUUGGGCCAUAUCCACCGGCAAUGAGCCGCUAAACGGCGUCAUCGGCAUUUUCUUCGUGCACUUCAUGAGCAUGGGCUGGACGCCCUGGCAGCAGGCUAUUUGGCUGAACGACAACCUGGGCCCGACCAUCAGGAACUCGGCGGAGAGCAAGGUGCUCAUCUUUGGCAAUGACGACCAGCGCUACACAUUUCCCUUGUGGUUCAGAAAGAUGCGCUCCGCCCGCAACAAUUCGCUAUCCUAUUUGGAUGGCCUGGCCGUUCAUUGGUACUGGGACGACCUGUUUUUCCCGCAGCUGAUCGACCAGGCGCACUCGGAAUUGCCAGACAAGAUGAUCCUGAAUACGGAGUCCUGCAUCGGGGACAAGCCCUGGCAAACCAAUGGACCGGUACUGGGGAGCUGGCAGCGGGGCGAGAGCUACAUGAGGGCCUACACGCAGGACUUUAGGCACUCCUUCAACGGCUGGGUGGACUGGAACCUGGUGUUGGACGAACAAGGCGGCCCCAACUACGUGAAAAAUUAUGUGGACGCUCCGAUCAUAGUGAAUGCCACCAGUCGCAUCGAGAUCUACAAACAGCCGAUCUUCUAUGCCAUAGGGCACUUCUCCAAGUUUGUCCCGCCCCAAUCGGUGCGCAUCGAGGCGAAGAUCGAGAACCUGGCAAAUCCCUUCACCCCGCUGAGCGUUGUGGGGUUCCUGCGACCCGACGGCAAUGUGGCGUUGAUCAUCUACAAUGGCCAAAACGUGCCGGUGGAUGUGGCCCUCAGCGAUAGCCAGCGUGGAGCGAUCAACCUCCGUCUGCCGCCGCGCUCCUGGCACACGGUGCUCUACAAGUGAGCCAAGGAUUUCCCGUUCCCCAUCCCAUUCCCAUUCCCAUUCCCGGAACCCAACUAUAUAGUAAUUUAAGCUAGGAGUUAAGCAAGGAGUCCAGCUGCCGCUGCCCAAAGGACCAAUUGAGGCUCAAGUGACGGGAACACAACGGAAGCCAAUAAAUUGAACUCAAUAGGAUGAGCAGGAUAAUGGGUAUGGAUUCGAACACAAGGAUGUGACGCGGAGACAGCGGAAAUUUGUUUAAGCUACUCAAUUUGCCGGAACGCGUAUGUUUACAAUGAAAUUUCAUUUGCCGUUUAAUUUUGUGUGCGAGGGGCCGGGGAACGGCAAAGUACAAACGUCAUGCAUGUUCUAUACUAUAUAGGAACAUAUCUCGGAUCAAGUUGAGUGACAACUGCCAGUCGAGCGGCAACGACGGCCAACCGACACAAAUGCCUCUCGCUCGAAUAUUAUCUUUGGGCUAGUGCUCGGGGCCCGGUCUAUUUGUUCAAUAUGCUCUAUAAAUAUGAUUGUCAAUUGAGCGCCAAGCAAAUGCAUUUUCCCAUUUCCCCGCUUUUCCCGCUCUCCCUCGCACUUGGCGCACAAAAUGGGGCGUUUUAUGUUUGACUAUAAAUUUAAAACUUGAAACGUUUAUAAACCCAUAUGAAUGUUGGUUGUGGCAGCGUCAUUGCAGCGAUGCGCUUCCAUUUUGCUUUAUAUUUAAUAUACAUAUCUGCACUUCAACUAUUUAAUAAUACUUUUAUUUGACAAGUUGACAAAAUGAAUAAAAUGA